AUGUCCAAACCCGGUCUGCUCUUCGUAUUCGGCGACUCCGGGCCCCUGCUCUCGGACGCCGAGUUCAACGACUGGUAUGACAACGAGCACGUUCCGCUGCGCAUGGCCAUCCCUGCCUUCCGCAGCACGACGCGCUGGACAGCCGCGGACGGCGAGCGCCCACACUACCUCGCUACAUACGACCUGGCCUCCUGUGAUGUCCUCAACGAGGCGCCGUACAACACCUUCGCGCACACCCGCAGCCCGCGCGAGACCGACGUCAUCCGUCGUGUGCAGCUUCUGGACCGGCGCACUUACGAGGUCCUCGAGCCCAUCUUCCCGCCCGCCCCGGGAUACGACGAGCAGGGACCGCGGGGGUCGACGCUCAUCACGCUACAGAUUGACAUCAAGCCGGAGUUGGAGGACGACUUGAACAGGUGGUACGAGGAGGAGCAUAUACCCCUCCUGUCGAAGGCGCCCGGAUGGCGUCGCUCGCGGAGGUUCGUGUUGCAGGAUGCAGGACCGGCGAAGGGGACAGACGCGUCGACGGUGGUGGGGCGGCCGCCGAAGUACCUCGCAAUUCACGAGUGGGACUCGCCUGCGAGCUUCGACACGGAGGAGUUUAGGCAUGCGACGAGUACGCCGUGGCGGAUGAAGCUGUUCCAGAGCGCGGAUAUAUGGGACAGGCGCGAGUUCAAGGAGAUGCGUACUUGGGUGCAGGAGUGA